AUGCUCUUCCGCUUAUAUCAUCCGACGAACGUCGGAGGAGGAGCCAAACCUUGCCGUCGCUUAGUCUCGUCACUAUCUUCCAUUUUUCAAUCGAACACCAAAAGAAGCAAACUUGAACUUCUGGUGUACCAUCAAUGCAAGACUGGUAAACUAAACCUUGAAGAUGCUCUGCUUUACUUCGACAAGCUUCUACAGACAAAACCCAUUCCUUUGAUUGAUACUUUCAAUCACUUGUUCGGUUCAAUGAUGAAGCUUCAAGGAUCUAAAGAAGUGGUUUCGAUGUAUAAGAGGAUGUUGAGACACGAGGAGGGUGUUGUCAUCGAGCCUGAUUUGUGUACUUUGAAUAUUUUGAUUAACGUGUUUCGCCAUCUGAAGCAAUUUGAUUCUGGGUUUUGUGUUCUGAGUGAUAUGAUUAAAAGAGGGUUUGAGCCUGAUUUGGUAACAGCUGACAGUUUGGUGCUUUGUUUGUGUUCUCAAGGGAGAGUGAUUGAUGCACUUCAAGUGUUUGAUAAAAUGUCUCAGAGAGGUGUUAAGGUUGAUGCUUCUCUCUACGCUAGUCUUAUUGUUAAGCUCUGUGAGAUUGGCGAGACUGGUGUUGCUCUAGGUUUGCAUAGAAGGAUGAUUGCUUCCGGUUGUAAGAGUGAUGUGGUUAUCUACAGUUUCGUAAUCGGCUCUUUCAUUAGGAACAGGUCACUCGACGAAGCUAUGGAAGUGUUUGAAGAGAUGACUGCGAGUGGAGUUUCUCCUGAUAUUUUGGCUUUUAGGAUGAUCAUUAUUGCACUGAGUAGCUCCGGGAGGUUUAACGAGGCGCUUAAAUAUUUCGAUGAGAUGAUUGCUCAAGGGAUCUCUCCUGAUCUGUUCAUUUACAACUCUUUCAUCUCUGGUUUAUGCAAAGCGGGUUUGUGGGACGAUGCUACAGAGAUGAUCAAGGAAAUGGUGAGCAAAGGUGUAUCACCUGAUGUUUACACUUACAAUAUUUUGAUACAUCGCCUUUGCAAAGUCAGUAAGGUGAAUGAAGCGAUUGAUAUAUAUGACUUAAUGAUCAAUCGAGGUCCGGAGCCCAUCGUAGAAACAUAUCACUCUCUGUUGGAUGGUCUGUUUAAAGGGUGUAAGCUUACGGACGCAACUGAAUUGUUCAAAUUGAUGAGGCAUCGCGUCGUUAGGCUUGAUGUUGUUACUUACAAUAUAAUGAUCAGUGGCUAUUGCAAGAAUGGAAAAAUUGAGGAAGCUGUCCAGCUUAUAAGAGAAAUGGAUUGUAAAGGGUUGAAAGCAGAUACUUAUACAUACGCAGCAUUAAUCCACGUUGUUAACCAAGCUGGAGAUUCAGAAGUCGCUAAAGAAGUCGUCGAUGCAAUAUGCAAGUCUGAUUGCUCUCCAAGCAUACAACAGUACGGUGUUCUCAUUGACUGUUUGGUUAAAAAAGAAUAUUUAGAAGGAGCAAGAAGACUGUUAAGACGAAUGGAACGUGAGGGGAAGAGACUGUGCGAUGCUUCAUACACGACACUAAUACAUGGUUUAAGCCAGGCAGGAAACUGGGACUUCGCUCAAGAAAUCUUUUAUGCAACUGGUCAUACUCCAAACAUAAACCAUUUCGGUGCUCUCAUCGAUGGUAUGAUGAAAAAUGGAAAAGUGGCUGACGCAAAGAGACUUUUUGAUGAGAUCCCAGACAAGGGUUUGGUGCCUGAUGUCAUUACGUACAAUAUUAUGAUUGGUGGCUAUUGCAAGUAUGGGAAACUAGAAGAAGCCAUUGACAUUUUCAGACGAAUGACAUGUGAGGGGCUGAAACCAGAUAAUUAUACAUACACUUCAUUUAUACAUGCUUCUUGCCUAGCUGGGGAUGUAGAUGCCGCGCAAGGAAUCUUCAAUGCAAUAUGGAAGUCUGGUCAUUCUCCUGACAUAUAUCAGUUCAAUGCUCUAAUCAGUGGUCUGAUAAAAAAUGGGAAACUGGAGGACGCAAAGAGACUCUUUGGUGAAAUCCCAAACAUGGGAUUGGUGGCAGAUGUCGUAACGUACAACAUAAUUAUUGAUGCCCUCUGCAAACAUAAGAUGCUAUCAGAAGCCAGAGCAUUGUUCUUUGAAUUAGAGCCAAAGGGUUGCUCACCUGAUUCUGUUUCGUUCAACACUAUUAUAUCUGGCUUCCUUGAAGAGAACAAGGUUAAAGAUGCAGUUCUGCUUCUUCAGAGCAUGCUCGAUAGGAAAUUUACCCCAAACGAUGGUGCUAAAGGCAGGCUGCGUCGACUUCUUGCUCGUGCUGAUGGACGUAAAACACUUCAGCCACUUCUAGACACUUACGGGAAGAACAUUUUCGAGUGA